UGAAUUUUUCAACGUUCUGGACAUGGGUGUUUUUCGGAGUUUGCUGCUGGGAUUCGAUUAAUGUGUUCUGUUUUCUGGUGGGAUCAACGGAAAUGAUUUGCAAGUGAAGAAAAGAAGUGAAUAUUGAUUGAGCUCGUUUGUUAUGUGUUUUGAAGAAGAUAGUUGUGUGAUGGAAAUGUGAAUGUCGAGUGAGAUCUAUACUUGUUUCGGUGGUUCUUGGUUGACAAGAUGGUGGAUUGUAUGGUUUAGCAGCUGAAGUAUUCAAAGUUGAUUUUGCCUUGAUAAAGGAUAAAUGUUCAUCGUCAAAAGCAAUCAACAAAUACUAGAUGCCAACGAGGGCUGUACUUGAACUCAGUUUAAGCUUUUGGAGAAUGCUUCAUCAUCUCACACUUGCGCCAUGAUAGUAGUUUUCCGCAGUUUGGAUCCUUUUUCGGUGACACUGGAAUAUGAUUGCCACCUUUAUUAGAAGAGUAAAUGCAUGUAAUUGUUAUAGUUUGAAGCAUUAGCCUUGGAGAUUCCGGAGCGUCCAAAAUGGCAGAUGCCAGCCCAAGGACAGAUACUUCUACUGAUGCAGACACGGAAGAUAAGAAUUUGAGGUUUCAGAACAAUCAAUUACAGGCUAUAGUUGCUUCUGAUGGUAGUGAUAAGUCCAGAGAUCAAAAGACUCUCCGUAGGCUUGCUCAAAAUCGUGAAGCUGCCAGAAAAAGCCGCUUGAGAAAAAAAGCCUAUGUUCAACAGCUAGAAAGCAGCAGAAUGAAAUUGACACAACUUGAGCAAGAGCUCCAACGAGCUAGACAGCAGGGAAUAUUUAUUUCAAGUUCAGGAGAUCAAUCUCAAUCAAUUGGAGGAAAUGGUGCCUUGGCCUUUGAUGUUGAAUAUGCACGGUGGCUCGAGGAGCACAACCGGCGGAUUAAUGAGCUCAGAGGUGCUGUCAAUUCACAUGCUGGCGAUGGUGAACUUCGCAUUAUUGUGGAGGGCAUUGUGGCACAUUACGAUGACAUAUUUAGGAUAAAAGGAGAUGCUGCAAAGGCUGACGUCUUUCACAUUUUGUCAGGCAUGUGGAAAACGCCUGCCGAAAGAUGCUUCCUCUGGCUUGGUGGGUUUCGCUCAUCUGAACUUCUUAAGCUCCUUAUAAAUCAGUUAGAGCCACUGACGGAGCAGCAGUUGUUGGCCAUCAACAACUUGCAACAGUCAUCUCAACAGGCAGAAGAUGCGUUGUCGCAGGGAAUGGAAGCUUUGCAACAGUCCUUGGCUGAGACAUUAGCUGGUUCUCUUGGCCCAUCGAGUUCAUCUGGAAAUGUGGCCAACUAUAUGGGUCAAAUGGCAAUGGCAAUGGGAAAGUUGGGAACUCUUGAGGGCUUCAUUCGUCAGGCUGACAAUUUGCGACAGCAGACUCUCCAACAGAUGCACCGCAUACUAACAACCCGACAAUCAGCGCGUGCUCUGCUUGCCAUCAGCGACUACUUCUCUCGUCUUCGAGCCCUUAGCUCGCUGUGGCUUGCGCGCCCUCGUGAAUAACAUAAUCUCUCUCUCUCUCUCUCUCUUAAUUCUAGUAUGUGGGAUCUUGUCUUAGCGAUGAUGAGAUAUUCAACUGAGUUUGUGUUGUUUAGCAUUAAAGUAUGGAGGCGGCAAAGUUAAGACACUGGCGGCUGGAACUACUCAUGGUAGCAUCUGAGUGCAGUAUAUGUUCCAACAAUCCAAAUGCAGAUAUACAUACGCCUCUCCUCUUGACUGCUUGUAUAAUUAAUGUUCCCCCAUGUUUGGUGUAAUUUAUAGCUCUGAGUUUAGAUUGUAACUUUGUAAGUGAUUGUUUGACAGUCUAGUGUUUUACUCUUUUUUUUUUUUAUUAUUUAUAUAUAAAAUACAACAAGUGGUUGACUGUACUCCCGACAAAAGAAAGGAAGAAAAAAUUGCUACUUUGUUGCAGUCUAAA